UGGAGAUUCUCCUAAUGAUAGACCGGAUAUUGAAUGUCGGGUUUUUAAGAUGAAGCUAGAUAAACUGCUCAAGGAUUUCAAAGCAGGCACUUUUUUCAAGCCAUAUAAGGCAGCUCUCCACCGAAUAGAGUUUCAAAAAAGAGGUCUCCCUCAUGCACAUAUAUUAUUGUGGUUAGGAAAUUCUACCAGAACACCAAGUGCAGAAGAAGUGGAUGAAAUAAUUUCGGCCGAGCUCCCCAACAAAGAGGAAGACCCAGCUGCUUACGACUUAGUCACGAAACACAUGAUCCACGGUCCAUGUGGACACUUCAAUCCGAAGUCACCAUGUAUGGAAAACAAUGUGUGCACGAAAAAGUAUCCUCGGCCGAAUAACGACAACACUUCGAUUGACAAAUCCGGGUAUGUAUUAUAUCGUCGACGCCGAAACAAAGAUCCGUGUACAGUAAAGGCUGGAGCUGUACUAGACAACACUUUCGUCGUGCCUCAUAACAUUAACCUUCUGAAGAAGUACGAAGCUCAUAUUAAUGUUGAAUGGUGUAAUCGGACAAGCGCGGUGAAAUACUUAUUCAAGUACAUAACCAAGGGCGUUGACCGAGCAACCGCUGUUAUUGAGAAAGGAAAUACAUCAACUACAUCCGACGCGACAGGAUCCGGAGGAUCAAAGGAGAAAGUCCUAAGGCAACGCAAUGAGAUCCAAGACUACAUUGAAGCCCGAUAUUUAUCAGCUUGUGAGUCUAUGUGGCGGACUUUCGCAUUCCACAUACACAAAAGAAAGCCGUCAGUUGAAAAGCUUAUCAUUCACUUGGAAGGCGAACAUAAUAUUACGGUUAAAUCAACAGACAACCUCGGUCGGGUAAUCCACAAACCGGGUAUCGAGAAGACGAUGUUCACAGAGUGUAUGGUUUUAUGCAGAAGGUCAGCGUUUGCCCGGACACUGACAUAUGUGCAGAUUCCUGAAUUUUUUGUCUGGAACAACAGUGCUAAAGUGUGGACUGAGCGUAAGAGAGGAAAAACAAUUGGCCGAGUCGUAGCUGUCCAUCCUUCGGCAGGCGAUCGAUACUACCUGAGGGUCCUCAUUAAUAAGAUUAAGGGUCCUAGAAGUUACGACGAGCUAAAAACAUACAACGACGUGAAAUACCCGGACUUCAAAUCAGUUUGCCAAGCACGAGGCCUUUUGGACGACGAUGUUGAAUGGCUCGAGAGUAUGUCGGAGGGUGCUCGAACGGCCAGCCCAUACCAGCUUCGUGAUAUGUUUGUCACAUUCCUAAACAACUGCUUCGUCGCAAGCCCUAAAGGACUAUGGGAACACUCAUGGAAAUCAAUGAGCGAGGACAUACUUCACAAGAGGCAAAGGAUCUUAGGCCACGCGAAUCUGGAACUGGACGAUAGUACCCUGGAGCAAUACACAUUGAUAGAAGUUGAAAAGCUGAUGCGCAUGCAAGAUCGCUCCUUAAACGAUUUUAAGGAUAUGCCGAAGAUCAAUCCUGUUUUGCUAAAGGAACUGGGGAACAGUUUGUGGAACCAAGAAAUGGAUUACGAUGUUGCGGAGGAAACACUAAGACAUGACAAGCAAUACAAAUUGCUCAAUGUUGAGCAACUUGCAAUCUAUGAAUCAGUCUUAGACUCGGUUGACAAGAAAGAAGGAAAACUUUUCUUUGUAUAUGGCGCAGGGAGCACAGGAAAAACAUUCCUAUACCAGACUAUUAUAUCCAGACUUCGGUCAAGAAAACAAAUUGUUCUACCGGUUGCUUCUUCGGGAAUAGCCGCAUUGCUACUACCAAACGGGAGAACAGCUCACUCUCGCUUCAAUAUUCCAUUGAAGCUCGACGAAGAUAAGCUUUGCAACAUCAAACCAGGUACAAUGCUUGCUGAGUUAAUUGAGGAAACAGACCUCAUAAUUUGGGAUGAGGCACCGAUGACACACAAACAUGCUUUCGAAGCAUUAGACAAGUCGUUGAAGGAUAUUCUGUCUAUCAAAAAUCCACCCGCAAAGAAUCAGCCUUUUGGUGGCAAAACAGUUAUGUUAGGUGGUGAUUUCAGACAGAUCCUACCAGUCAUUCUGCAAGGUAGAAGAGCUGAUACUAUACUAGCGUCGAUAAGCCAUUCAUAUCUAUGGAAUAGCUGCCACAAGUUCUCUUUGAAAACAAAUAUGCGAGUCAAUCAGGAUGAGAAAGAGUUUUCUGAAUGGCUUCUCAGAGUCGGGGAAGGUCGUCUAGGAGAAGAACAAGAAUAUGAGGGGGAUGGGUACCAUGACCAACUCAUAGAUAUCGAUGACUCAUUGAUUUGUCAGAGUUUUGUUGACCCAUUGAAAGAAGUUGUUGAUGCUGCAUAUGGACAAAUCAGCAGCCCUAUGAAAUCCAAGACUUCCUAUACCGAUAAAGCUAUCCUCACACCCCGUAACGAAACCGUUGAUGAAAUCAAUGCUUAUACCAUCUCACAAACCGAUGGGGUAUCAAGAGAUUACUACAGCUCAGACAGCUUUGAGUUAUCAGAUACUACAUCAGAUCAAAAUGAUACACUAUACUCCAUUGAGUAUCUUAACUCAUUGGAAUUCUCGGGUUUGCCUUCGCAUAAACUUACUCUGAAAGUUGGUGCCCCAGUUAUGCUUCUCAGAAACAUUAAUCAGAAAAAAGGAUUAUGCAACGGUACUCGGAUGAUCCUAACCCACGUUGGUGAACGCGUUCUGAAGGCCGAGAUCAUCACUGGAUCCCACAUUGGAGAAGAGGUCUUGAUCCCAAGAAUUGUGCUUUUGUAUGAUGAAACGAAAUUACCGUUCACAUUACGUCGGCGGCAAUUUCCUAUCAGAUUGUGCUACGCAAUGACAAUCAACAAAAGCCAAGGCCAAAGCUUAAAAGAGGUCAUCUUAUACCUGCCUAAGCCAGUCUUUUCUCAUGGUCAACUUUACGUGGCCCUCUCCCGUGUCACAAGCAAAGCAGGAUUAACGAUCAUCAAAACUGAAGAUCCACACCAGCUGAAAGUGAAGAACAUAGUUUACAAAGAAAUAUUCAAAGGCCUUCAUCCCGAGACAGGUAAUUUAAAUAAUUUAUUUUUUACUCCCAUCUUUUUCAGAAAUCUGAUAACAUAUUAUAUUCACAGAUUAACAACCUCGAAAAUAUCGACCAAGCGAUGAUACAAGCCAAUAAAGAAGAGACUUACACAUGGGUUUACCCCACUUACGCGAGGUACAAAACUUUUAAUAUAAAUAGCAAUACCACUAUAUUCAACUAAACGUAUUCUGACUACUAUUCUUAUCCAAUUUCAGGUCCUUUCUUUCUCAUGACCCUCAAAAAAAUCUUAUAUGCGAAAGACUUAAUCCGCUUCCUCCAUUAUCUACUUUACUUACAGCUUUUUUGGCUUUUAAACAUUUCCGUAAACUCGAUAUACACAAAUUUUCAGACUUAUUAUAACACACAA